UCAUGCAGCUGUAUCUUUUCUUCGCGGACGAUGCGGUUGGGCCUGAGUCCAACAACGAGCUCUAUGACCACGCUCUUCACCUUGCACCCGACGCUGGUAUUGGAGUCGUUCACGACUGGUACCCUUUGAACAAGACCCAAGUCAAUUCUCUCCAGGCACUCGAUCUCCAGAACUCGCGACUCAAGAUCCCAUUUAUGCACAUUGGUGAAUGUCUUCACGGCGUCGGUUCUUUCCAACAGUCCAUGUUUCCUCAGGCACUGGCAUUGUCGUCUUCUUGGGACGUGGACUUGGUCUACCGAGUGGGACGUGCCAUUGGAACCGAAGCCAGGUCCAUUGGGAUACAUGCCUGCCUCAGCCCUGUUCUAGACAUCUGUCGAGACUCUCGAUGGGGUAGGUGUCAGGAAGACUGGGGAGAGGAUCACAUCUUGACCAGUCAUAUGGGAGUUGCGUAUGCGUCUGGUUUAUCCAAGAAUGGAUCUUGGGGAGAUUCCGAUGCGGUCGUUCCGGUCAUGAAACAUUUCGCUGCUCAUGGAGCCCCUCAAUCGGGACUUAACGCUGGCCCAUGGAUGGGUUAUGGAAAUCGCGAGGUCAGGGAGAAUCUCUUGGUGCCGUUCAAGGCCGCGAUUGACCUUGGGGGUGUUCGAGGGGUGAUGAUGUCGUACAACGAGAUCGACGAUGUGCCAUCCGCCGUCAAUCCUAUGCUGUAUGAUGCGCUCGCGGAUUGGGGUUACGAUGGCUUCAUCAUUGCGGAUGACAAAGGCAUGUCAGAGCUCGAGUACGUCCAUAUGGUGGCCGAUUCGCCCACCGAUACGAUCGGUCAGUGGUUCAACGCAGGUGGCAUGAUUGAAUACUAUGACUAUCCUUUGGAGACGUACAUGAAUUACUCCUGGAGAACCGGAACUCGACGCUUCCGCUCAGUUUGGAAAGCGGGCAGUUGA